UACAUAAGAUCCACUUGACUGCCAACUCAGGCACAGCAUACUCAAAUACUACAGUAUCACUCUCGCAACUCCGAAAACCAAGUGGUCAAGGAUUACUGGUCUUUAGUGAUUGUUUUGGUAUAGUCAAGCGCCAGUGUAGUGGCAUGAUGAAUGACCAACAGUAGCCACUGUCACGGCAACUCUGUGAAAGGUAAUUCAGAGACGGCGACUGUAUUUCAUCCCCUGUCAACCAUAGUUGGCUGCAUAGUGCUACCAGUCAGUUACAAAGCCAGUGACUUGACGCCUUCAUGAAGAUUGAUGCUGGAGCGCUAUGAAUCGCUAGAACGCUAUUUCAAAGCAGCAAAAAGCGAGUACUUUUAUUUUACGCAUUUUGUUUUGCAUUUAAUGUGGAAAUAUGGAAAUAAGUGCAGUUUGUGAGUUUUCGUUUAAUUCAAACGAGGAGAAAACGACAGAUAGGAUUAGAAACGAUUCUGAAAGUCAAACUUCUGAUGGCUCAGAGAGAAGUGGCAGUGAGAAACGUAAAGGGAGCUCUAAAGAUGAUUCUGGUGCACAAUCGAUAGAAGAGGGUCAGAGACCCAAAAGAAAACGAAGAGAGUGCAAAACUACUUCGGAGUACAAUUUUAGAUAUUCAUCGAUAAUAAAUCGCAUAAACACUGAACGCAAGAGGAACACUCGGAAAGAACCGAAACCAAAGUCAAAGCCGCCGCCGCUCAGCAAAUACCGCCGCCGCACCGCUAACGCCAGGGAGCGUGAUCGGAUGAAAGAAAUGAACGACGCUUUUGAGACAUUACGCACCGUCAUACCGUCAUACCCCGUGGGCGACGACGGUCUUAAAGUGACAAAGAUCACCACACUGAGACUGGCACUGAAUUAUAUCAAAGCUCUUAGAGAUACUUUAGGAUAUGCUUCAUCUGACUCUCUAAGUGACCAGUGUUUAAGCCCAGGGAGUUCGGAAGGGGGCGCGGUCUCCCCUCUGCCAAAUCACAUCCCCCCUCCCGAUGUCGAAAUGAGGUCACCACCAGGCAGUGGUUUGGACUCAGAAGGUGAAGCUAUGGUCAUUUCGUGAUAAUAAUGUAAUGACACUUCACUACGAUUAUCCAAGCACUCUGUGACCUUGACUUGUUCUUUCGGACCAAUCUGAUUAACUUGGUAAGCUUUUUACUGGGUCCAGAGUGGAGAGCCUAUAGGCCAAG